GCGCAUGCGCGCUGCAUCCAUCUGUGUACCACACGUCAAGGAAUUUGUAAGCUUAAAGAAAGAUGCUGAAAGUCUCAGGUCGGUGGUGCCUUCAAAUCGGGCGAAACUGAUUUAUCCUGAAAGGAAAACAGACGCGCUACAGGAUUUUUAUAUAGGUUUUUAACACACCUUUCCACAACCCAUUAAAGUCAUAGUGUAUCAUACAUCGAUUCUAGCUAUGGAAUUGAAGAAAUCAAUUUCUGAUACCGAGCGCUCAUUGAAGAGCUACGGCGCUGUAUCAGAAACGGAAUGGACAAAAGACAAAGGUGAGCGUCAUUCAUUGCAAAGUAACGUUUUCGCCGGUUAUAAUGGUUAUUGCUCUGUGCAGAAUAAAGCAUGUGGUUUCAAAUAGGGGAUGUUGCGUUGCAAAACAACACCCAUCAAUUUCAAUGGGUUCGUGCAUCUUUAUUGUUUUGUAAAUGUCAUUCCAAUUGCCUAGAAAAUAGACUGGAUACAUCUCCAUGCAUGUGCUUUGCUUUCAAUGUAUUUUGGAGGUGCAUUUGACCAGUUAUUCACUGAUAAUAACCAUAACAUUAAUAUUUGAGAAGAUCUUUCUCAGAAGCAUAUGACAUAAACCAGUUUCCAUUUACAGUAGCUUACCCACUGUAUUAACAGUAUAUAUUACAAUAGCACAUAGGUGAGGAGCCCCGAAAUGUAUACAUGUAUGUAAUGCCCUAUAUCUACUAGCCUAUUUCCAUAACGCCUAAGAAGCACUGAAAUGCUCCCAGCUCUUUGCUUUCAGCUGACUGUACAUUCCAAAGUUGUCUGACUGGGUCUUGGACCUAAUGGAUUGAACUGCACCCCUUCCAGUCGAUGGAUGCAGCACAGUAGAACAGGCUAGAAGCCUACCUGCUGGGCUGUGAGUGUGUGAGUCAAUACCAGCAUCACCAGCACUGAUACCAGCAAGGAAGAUGAUAUAAACAAACUGGCAAGAGAUUUUCAUCCUCCUCGUUUUCAUCCUUUUUCUAUCAGCAAGAUAGAUAUUAAUGUUAUGAGAGGUCUUUCGAAAGGAAGACACAUUUUUAAGAUAAGUGUUUCAAUAAUGUUGUUUAUAUGAUGUGCCAUGGUCAUUGUUCUUCAUCUAUUUGUGAUGUUAUGGGUAGGCUAGGCUAGUGCCAUGAAGCUGUCAUCCGAACAGUAUGAUAUACACUACCGGUCAAACGUUUUAGAACAUUCUCUCAACCAGCUUCACCUGGAAUGUUUUUCCAACAGUCUUGAAGGAGUUCCCACAUAUGCUGAGCACUUGUUGGCUGCUUUUCCUUCACUCUGCGGUCCGACUCAUCCCAAACCAUCUCAAUUUGGUUGAGGUCGGCGGAUUGUGGAGGCCAGGUCAUCUGAUGCAGCACUCCAUCACUCUCCUUCUUGGUCAAAUAGCCCUUACACAGCCUGGAGGUGUGUUGGGUCAUUGUCCUGUUGAAAAACAAAUGAUAGUCCCACUAAGCCCAAACCAGAUGGGAUGGCGUAUCGCUGCAGAAUGCUGUGGUAGCCAUGCUGGUUAUGUGUGCCUUGAAUUCUAAAUAAAUCACAGACAGUGUCACCAGCAAAGCACCCCCACACCAUAACACCUCCUCCUCCAUGCUUUACGGUGGGAAAUACACAUGUGGAGAUCAUCCGUUCACCCACACCGCGUCUCACAAAGACACGGGGGUUGGAACCAAAAAUCUCCAAUUUGGACUCCAGACCAAAGGACAAAUUUCCACCGGUCUAAUGUCCGUUGCUCGUGUUUGUUGGCCCAAGCAAGUCUCUUCUUCUUAUUGGUGUCCUUUAGUAGUGGUUUCUUUGCAGCAAUUCGACCAUGAAGGCCUGAUUCACACAGUCUCCUCUGAACAGUUGAUGUUGAGAUGUGUCUGUUACUUGAACUCUGUGAAGCAUUUAUUUGCACUGCAAUUUCUGAGGCUGAUAACUCUAAUGAACUUAUCCUCUGUACCAGAGGUAACUCUGGGUCUUCCAUUCCUGUGGCGGUCCUCAUGAGAGCCAGAUUCAUCAUAGCGCUUGAUGGUUUUUGCGACUGCAUUUAAAGAAACUUUCAAAGUUCUUGAAAUGUUCCGUAUUGACUGACCUUCAUGUCUUAAAGUAAUGAUGGACUGUCGUUUCUCUUUGUUUAUUUGAGCUGUUCUUGCCAUAAUAUGGACUUGGUCUUUUACCAAAUAGGGCUAUCUUCUGUAUACCCCCCUACCUUGUCACAACACAACUGAUUGGCUCAAGCGCAUUAAGAAGGAAAGAAAUUCCACAAAUUAACUUUAAACAAGGCACACCUGUUAAUUGAAAUGCAUUCCAGGUGACUACCUCAUUAAGCUGGUUGAGAGAAUGCCAAGAGUGUGCAAAGCUGUCAUCAAGGCUAUUUGAAGAAUCUCAAAUAUAAAAUAUAUUUUGAUUUGUUUAACACUUUUUUUGUGUUAAACAAAUAUAUUUCAUAGUUUUGAUGUCUUCACUAUUAUUCUACAAUGUAGAAAAUAGUAAAAAAAUAAAGAAAAACCCUUGAAUGAGUAGGUGUUCUAAAACUUUUGACCGGUAGUGUAUGUCUACUAAUACAGAAAUAAAGAGGGUCAUGGAGGGUAAACAGAGGUCAGAGGUGAGAGGUCAGAGGUCAGGGAUGACAGAGUCAUAACAAAGAGGUCAUAUUGUGUGCUUUAUGUAACCAGAGAUCCACAGCAGAGAAUCCUGUCAUGAGUCACCCUCACACACCUAUGGGGUUCAAGUUCAAGUUCAAUAUUCACUUGAUUUAUACUGGUAGGUAUGUUUUUCUGUCUAUUUCGUGUAGCGCUGUCUGUGUGACAUCUGUCCAGGCCUAACUCCAAUUAUGACUGUUUGUCUGCAUUCAGAUGCUCAUAAUGUCUUCCUGUCCUAUUUGACCAUAACAGCCUGAAUCAAUCUUUCAACAGAAAUCGGCCCGUUGGAUCUUGAUGGAAUAAUAUAUUAUUUGUGUCCUCUUCAUUAAUUCCUUUGAGUUAGAACAGGAGUGAAGAAGAGAGGAGAGUGGGGUGCAGAAAGUCUGAGAUGAAUUCUUCAGCUCUUGAAUAUGAAUAGAAGAAGGCUGCAGCUAUUUUUAGAGAUAGACUCUCAUUCCCCAUUCUCCUUCCCCAUCCAGUACACACACACACACACACACACACACACACACACACACACACACACACACACACACACACACACACACACACACACACACACACACACACACACACACACACACACACACACACACACACACACACACACACACACACCUAUUCACCCCCCUUCCCUGGUUCCUCCUUGUGUGUUCCAACUUUCAACUUCCAUCUGUGUUGGGAGUCGCAUAGCUGGAUACUAAAACACAGUGGGGAACAUUAUAAUUAACGUAGUACUUCUGGGCCCUGUUCAUUAGGAGGAAAGCAGACUGAACAGGGAGGGACUACCAGACUUUGCACAAUAAGAAAAUCUCAUUUUCGGUUUCCAUUACAAAAAGUUUUAAAACAUUUUCCAUUGUAUGCCCUAAUGAACAUAACCCUGAAGUGGCUCCUACGCAGAUUAUAUCCACAUCACAGAUCUGCUUCCCCUCAUCAAGCAGACAUCUGUGUCCACCCUCCUCCUCCUCCUCCUCCGACUUGUUCUAUCAAGGCUCUCAUUAUGCUGAUCAGUUGAUUGAUAAACAGAUGUUCAGGGUAUUGAUUAGGCAGUUUGUUUUAAUGCAAUUAGUGUGAUUACAUUGUGUUAAUAACUGGCUUGGCUCUGCCAGUGAUGACAGUGAAGCUACGUUGAUAGGGGAGCCUGGUAUUUCUUCUAAUAGUGACUGUGGGGACUGGGGAGGAACAAAUGUUGCUGUUACUGUAUAGAUUUAGAGCUGGAUUCAAUACGUAUCACGGACGAUCCGUAUUAAAAUGUAAAGGUAAUUUCCGAUUGAGCCAACAUAUGCUGUGUUUACCACGAACGCGGGAAUAUUGCCUUUAAAUUUCAUUGGAGCUAUAAGGCGGAUAUUCCACGAUACUUCAGCGAUACGGAUUGAAUCCAUCCCUUAUUGUUUUGUCUUUGUCUUUUCGAUACAGUUCUGUCUGUAGGCCAUACUGUGUCUGUUUUCCUGUAGUAGGUUUAUCAUUAUUCUUACUUUGUCUUUCAAUGCCAUUUUGCCUUCCGUGGUGCCCACACUAGCAUACCACGAAGAAUGCAUGCCCAAUACAUUGCUUCAUACUAAUUGGUAUGGAGCUGUGGAUAUUGGAACAGAGCCUCAGUCUUCCAUACUUAACAUUUGCCAUGUAGCCAGGAGUGUAGUUGGAGACCCCCAUGAGUAAUAUCUUCCUCCUCACACUCUCUAAUCGUGCUGGUGGCUGAAUGUGGACCACUGAGUGUGGGAGUGUGUGCUGACUGAGUAUGUACUGCGUUAAGAUAACUUCCUUAGCUAAGAGCAGUAGGCAGUUUAGAUCCUUUGUGUGUUAGUCAUUACAGACCUGGUUCUCUGCCAUCAUAAUGGGCCAGUCAGGACUUUGUGUGGCUCGGUCCUAUUGACAGUCAGCAGCAAAUUGUGUGUGUGUGUUCGCGUGUGUGCGUGCGUGCGCGUGUGAGUGAGUGUGUGUGUCUUUGUGUGAGGUAGAAAGAGAGGAGAGAGGGGGAGAGAAAGAGGAGAGGGUAAAGAGAGAGGUAGAGAGAGGAGGGGAGAGAGAGAGAGGAAGAGAAAGUGAGAGAGAGAGAGAGAGAGAGAGGACGAGAGUAGAGGAGAAGAGAGGAGAGAGAGCGAGAGAGAGAAAGAAGUAGAGGAGAGAGAGAGAGAGAGAGAGAAAGAUAGAGAGAGAGAGAAAGAUAGAGAGAGCAGUGAGGGGUAGAGGAAGAGAGAGAGAAACCACUUGGUAUAAAUCCCCCACAGUUUACCACACUGCGUUAUAGACUGCAGCUACAACUGUGUUGGUAUCAGCAAUGUUUUCAUGCUGCGGUUACAACAGCAGGGAAAACAUCAGGUCGCUACUUUUUAUUCAAGGACUCGACGUCAAGCUAAGCAUUGAAUCUCAUCAGCUAUGAACAGUCACAGGAUGCAAUUUCGAUUCUUGUUACAUUUGUCUUAGACAAAAACAGUCACUCAAAUGAAUGUCAAAAUCUCAUCCAGCCAAAGAAAACAAUAGAAGGUCACUUUAACUCUACCCACAUGUACAUAUUACCUCAAUUACCUCGACAAACCGGUGCCCCCGCACACUGACUCUGUACCGGUACCCCCUGUAUACAGCCUCACUACUGUUAUUUUAUUAAUUAUUUAUUUAUUUAUUUGUUAUUUACUUAUCUAUUUUUUACUUAACACUUGUUUUUCUUAAAACUCAUUGUUGGUUAAGGUCUUGUAAGUAAGCAUUUCACUGUAAGGUCUACACCUGUUGUAUUCGGCGGAUGUGGCAAAUACACAUUGAUUUGAUUUGAUUUGAAAUGAGGUGACAUCGUUUUUUGUUCUUUAUUACCAAGAUUUGGAACACCACUACUUCCUUUUUGUCGACUGUCUUUAAGAGUCCUCCCUCCACAUUAGCACCUUGUAAAGGUUUCUGGAUGGAUAGCGUUACCAGUAGUUGGUUGAGGAGUCACAGAACAGUCAGUUCACCUCUCUGGCCUCGUAGCCUGUCUGUCUCCAUCUGGGAAAUCUGUCUGGAAGCAGUACUGUACUGUCUCCCAGCAGUACUGUACAGUACGUCCUUCUAACCCUGAGUGAAAUAUUUACGUCCUGCCUAGUGGGGGAUGGGAGGCUAUAGUUUACAAUGGAUGUCCAAGGUGUGAAAUUAGAGGAUUGGAAGUUGCCCCCUAAGCCUUGGCCACAGGAAGUUGGUGGCACCUUAAUUGGGGACAACGGGCUCGUGGUAAUGACUGGAGCAGAAUUAGUGGAAUGGUAACAAAUACAUCAAACACAUGGUUUCCAGAUGUUUGAUGCCAUUCCAAAUUUGCGCCGUUCCGGCCAUUAUUAUGAGCCGUCCUCCCCUCAGCAGCCUCCUGUGACCUAUGCACUCUUGCUGACAAUGGGAGUGUGAUGAUUGUUCCGUUGCUUGUACUAUUGACUGCAAUAUGUGUUUAUUAAUCGCCCCCAGUUUGCUUUUGUGCUGACAUAGGCUACACAUUGGAGAAGCCUAGGAUUAUUGUUAGUAGUGUGUUCAGUUGGUUGACAUUGGGAUUGCAAUGAUCAUUCAGUUGCUUAUGCUGGCUUCACAUGCUCGUGGAAAAUGGGAAAUGGGAAGUCGUAAGUCUGACAUGAUUGUGUUGAAGUGCUUUUGAAGUCGGAACAAUUAUUUAACCAAUAAGACUUUAGCUAGCUUGAUAAGCUAGAUAACAUUGCUAAUAAUAAAGUUACUUAGCUUGUUUAACAUUGACAAUAUGGUGAAACUAUCUACAUUCUCCAUAUUGAUAAGGUUGUAAUUGUCAAAAACAGAUGUGUUGUCAUCUUUUGUUUGAAAAGGUGAAAGGUCGUGGUGAAACGUCGCAACUCGGGUAACAACAUUUUCUCCAAGUUUCCUACUUGUAAUUCCUACUUGGAGGGUUAUUAAAGUGAAAUUUCCCACUCGGAACUACAGUGAGGGAAAAAAGUAUUUGAUCCCCUGCUGAUUUUGUACGUUUGCCCACUGACAAAGAAAUGAUCCGUCUAUAAUUUUAAUGGUAGGUUUAUUUGAACAGUGAGAGACAGAAUAACAACAAAAUCCAGAAAAACGCAUGUCAAAAAUGUUAUAAAUUGAUUAGCAUUUUAAUGAGGGAAAUAAGUAUUUGACCCCCUCUCAAUCAGAAAGAUUUCUGGCUCCCAGGUGUCUUUUAUACAGGUAACGAGCUGAGAUUAGGAGCACACUCUUAAAGGGAGUGCUCCUAAUCACAGUUUGUUACCUGUAUAAAAGACACCUGUCCACAGAAGCAAUCAAUCAGAUUCCAAACUCUCCACCAUGGCCAAGACCAAAGAGCUCUCCAAGGAUGUCAGGGACAAGAUUGUAGACCUACACAAGGCUGGAAUGGGCUACAAGACCAUCACCAAGCAGCUUGGUGAGAAGGUGACAACAGUUGGUGCGAUUAUUCGCAAAUGGAAGAAACACAAAAGAACUGUCAAUCUCCCUCGCCCUGGGGCUCCAUGCAAGAUCUCACCUCGUGGAGUUGCAAUGAUCAUGAGAACGGUGAGGAAUCAGCCCAGAACUACACGGGAGGAUCUUGUCAAUGAUCUCAAGGCAGCUGGGACCAUAGUCACCAAGAAAACAAUUGGUAACACACUACGCCGUGAAGGACUGAAAAUUAUAGACUGAUAAUUUCUUUGUCAGUGGGCAAACGUACGAAAUCAGCAGGGGAUCAAAUACCUUUUUCCCCUCACUGUAGGAACACCAUGCGUAAGGCUGGUGCCAUGUAAGCCGGCCCGAGGAGACGCACUGGUGACCGGAUGCGUGGGGCCGGCCUCAUGACAUCUGGCUCAAUGCUCAGUCUAGCCCGGCCGAUACGUGGAGCCGGAAUGUACCGAACCGGGCUAUGCCUGCGUACAGGAGACACCAUGCGCUCUACUGCGUAACACGGUGUCUGCCCGUACUCUCGCUCUCCACGGUCAGUCCAGGGAGUAGGCGCAGGUCUCCUACCUGACUUCGCCACACUCCCUUCUAGCCCCCCCCCCAAGAAAUUUUUGGGUAGUACUCUCGGGCUUCCAGCCUUGCCUCCGUGCUGCCUCCUCAUAUCGCCGCCUCUCGGCUUUAGCUGCCUCCCGCUCUUCACGAGGACGGCGAUAUUCUCCCGGUUGAUCCCAAGGCCCCUCACCAUCCAGAAUCUCCUCCCAUGUCCAUGAAUCCUUUAUGGGAGUCCAUAAAUCCUGUGUAGGUAGGUCCUGUUGCCGCUUGACACGCUGCUUGGUCUUUUUGUGGUGGGUUUUUCUGUCACGAUCGUCUGAAGAAGCGGACCAAUACGCAGCGCGUGGAGUGAACAUAAUGACUUUAUUAAAUAAAGCAACCACGAAAAAACAACAAAUGACGAUAGUGAAGUCCUCUGUAACACUAACAGAAACAUGGAACAAAAACCCACAACUCCCACAAGAAAACAUACAGAUUAAAUAUGGCUCCCAAUCAGAGAUAACGAGCCGACAGCUGACACUCGUUACCUCCGAUUGGGAGUCAUAGACCAAACCUAGACAUGAACCCAACAGAAAGGCAAACCUAGAAAUACACACAACAGAACUACCAACAUAGAAAUACACCCCAAAUAAUGAAAAUGAACAACCCUGGCUCAACAAUCAACGUCCAUGGAGCCAGAGUGUCACACUGUGAGACAAAAUGACACAUACCGUUACUAUCAUCUGGACUUGUCUAGGUUUACCACUUUGACAGCGUGUGACAUUUACAUUUACGUCAUUUAGCAGACGCUCUUAUCCAGAGCGACUUACAAAUUAGUGUGAGUGAGUAAGGUUUUUUGCUUUGAAGACAAGACAUGAAAAAGACAGCUCAAAAGCAACACCAUGCUUUUCAUUUAGUCAAGAGAGAAAUUCCUAGUGUCAUUUACAUUUCAGAUAAUUUACUAUGCGUAUCUUGUCCCUGGACUUACUCGAGCGUCACAUUCAUAAUUAGGACGUUGGAUGGAGCAGGGAGUAGUGUUGUAUUACUGUAAAAUAAAGCUGCCAAACAAGCCUUGGGCUUUGUACUGGAUAAAGGGAGGACAAUAAUAUGCAAGGCUAGGCAGUAAUGCAGAAACACUUGUCCAUUGGGAUUCUGCCUCGUGUUAUUUAUUAUAUCUUUACUCCAUAUAACGAUUCCAUGUACUGUUCUUUAAGUCAGAGGAAGGAGGACAUAGGGCUCCUCUUCAGACUCUUUGAUGGUGGCAACAAUAGAAUAGGCCCUUCGGUUCUGAAGUCCAGAAGUUGGUAUUGUGUUAGUUUUUUAUGAAUUAUCUAUUAAAAUAUUUAAAACAGAAAGGAAAUGACCAGCCUUCUCUCUCUCUCUCUCGAUGUGUUAGAAUGAUGUAACUCACACUAGUGUUAAAACACAAAGUUCCCCCUCUCUCUCUCUCCAGGUCAGUCAGAUGUGUCCAUGGCAGAGAGCAUCAUGUCUCCAGAUGAGAUUGAAGUGGAGAUGGCUCGCAUCCAGCGUCUCAGGGAGGUGCUGGUGAGGAGGGAGUCUGAACUGCGCUUUAUGUGAGUACUGUACAGAGACCAUCAACACCACGAUAAAAUAAUUACAAACUGCGGCUUUAAUGCGAAGACGUGUUGGAUUUUAAUCAUAUAGAAGCUCUUUGGAAUAGAUAGAAUUUCCAUUUUCUUCCAAGAGUGGGUCAAUGUAUUAUGUACAGUAAAGAGAGCAUGUAGACUUUUGGGCCCCUUAAAAAGAAUGACACCCAUACAGAUAAGCCUAAUAAGUUUAUACUGUAUAUCCUGAUGAUAAUGAUAUUACCCUGAUGUAGAUGUAAUAAAGCCUUAUUUCUGACACUGUGAAGAAUUAGUUAACUAGAUUGUGUUUCUGCUUUAGCAUGGAGCAGGCUGGCAAUGACAUCUAUGCUAUUACAGUGCCGUCAGAAAGUAUUCACACCCCUUGACUCUUUCCACAUUUUGUUGUGUUACAGCCUGAAUUUAAAAUAUAGUAAAUUUCGAUUUUUUUGUCAAUCGCCUGCACACAAUACCCCCAUAAUGUCAAAUUAAGAAAAAGUGAAAAGCUAAAAUGUGUCAAUGAGUAUUCAGGCCCUUUGUUAUGCCAAGCCUGCAUACGUUCAGCAGUAAAACAAGUCACAUAAUAAGUUGCAUGGACUCACUCUGUGUGCAAUAAUAGUGUUUAACAUGAUUUUUGAAUGACUACCUCAUCUCUGUACCCCACACAUACAAUUAUCUGUAAGGUCCCUCAGUCGAGCAGUUGAAUUUCAAACACAGAUUCAACCAUAAAGACCAGGGAGGUUUUCAAAUGCCUCGCAAAGAAUGGCACCUAUUGGUACAUGGGUAAAAAAUAAAAAAGCAGACAUUAAAUAUCCCUUUGAGCAUGGUGAAAUUAUGAAUUACACGUUGGAUGGUGUAUCAAUACACCAAGUGCAGAGAUGCCAGAAUGGGGGAUGAUGUGAGGGUGUUUCCGCACUCUCAUCAGGAUCCUGGCAGCGUUGUUCUGGAUGUAGUGGAGCUGCUGGAGACUCCUGCCAGGGAUCCUGUUGAAGAGUGUGUUGCAGUAGUCCAGCCUUGAGGAGAUAAUGGCAUGGACGAGCUUCCCUGCGUCAGACUGAGUGAGAGUGGAACGGAGUUUGGCAAUGUUCUUGAGGUGAUAGAAUGACGCUUUACACAGUCGUUGUAUGUGGCUGUCAAAGGUCAGGGAGCUUUACACACGGAUUGGAAACCGAGGGGGAGAGAGGAGUGUUCUGUCCUGCAAUGGUGAGGUGUGUUAUUGGUGAGUGCUGGACCUGGAAGUAGGGCCUCAGUUUCGAUGCUGUUCAGUUGAAGGAAGUUUUGCUUCAUUCAUGCCCUUAUCUCCUCACGGCAGGUGUUCAGAUGGGCACAUGCAUCAGAGGGACAUGGGGAAGCUUUUACAUACAGCUGGGUGUCAUCAGCAUAGCAGGGCAAUGAGAUUCCAUGCCGGCUGAUGACACGACCGAGGGGGAGCAUGUACAAGACAAACAGGAUGGGUCCAAGAACAGAUCCUUGUGGGACACUGAAAAACUCAUACUCAGUCCUGUCUGAGAGGUAGGAGUGGAACCAGCUCAGAGCUGAUCCAGACAGUCCGAUGGUGUCCCGGAGGCGUUCCAGGAGGAUGGGGUGGUCGACAGUGUGAAACACUGCUCUCAUGUACAGGAGGAUCAGGAGACAGGGGGAGCCUGCAUCAGCCGCCAUCAGCAGGUCGUUGGUGACCUUAUUGGUCUUAUCACGGGGUCAGGUGACCAGGUGAUCAGAAGUUGAUGCUUGAUAUUCAGGGAAUCUUGGUCCAUCAUAUUGUGUCGCUAUUGAGUUCUAAACAUUGAGAAAAUAUACAGUGAGAUAUUUUUUUGUGUGAUGGCAAAUACAAUCAAUAGAAACUGGAAAGAGAUCGGUGGGACGUGUGGCUUCAUUAGCUUAGAUGGCUUCAUCAGUGAACAGUGAUACCAAUACCUCCAGCUAUGUGUGACUCAGACACACACACACACACACACACAGUCUGUAGCAGAUGGAGUGCAAAGCCUGCUGGAAAGCACCGUUGGGGUCUAGUGAGUGGGUAAACAACACAAGGCAAAUAGGGGAUAGUGAGGAGGAGAGAAAAAGAUGUUGAGGUUGAGAGACAGGAACAAGUGAGUGGGUGAAAAUUACAGGGACAGGGUGUCGAAAGAGCAGAGGGAGAAGAGGCUGAAGAAGAGGAACAGGGGAGACAGAGGGAACUAGAGGAGGAGGAGGAGAGAGAUGAAGGGAGGUGGGGAUGAUAGCAGGGAGAGGGAUGGAGGAAGAGGAGGAGGAGAGGGAGAUGAAGAAGAGGGACAGGGAGAGAGCAGAGGAGGCAGAGAGGGGGAGGAGAGAGAUGAAGGGAGGGAGGGAGGGAGGUUAAGGAGGAACAGGGAGAGAAACAGGGAGAGGGGGAGGAGGGAGGGAGGGAGGGAGGGAGGGAGGGAGGGGCUGAGGAACAGGGAGAAAGAGGGGGAGGAGAGAGAGAUGGAGGGAGGAGGCGGGAGAGGUGUUGGGAGCCGGUGGAUGAGUCAUCAGUCUGUGAUUUACAGCAGAGAGACUUAAAUCCCUGGUAGCUGUCACAGCGCUGCAGAGAGAGAGAGGGAGGGAUGGAUGGAGGGAGAGGAGGGGAGGAGAGGAGGAGAGAGAUGAAUGGGAGGGGGCGGGCGGGGGCAGAGAAGAGCGAGAGGGAUGUAGCAAUUGAGAGAGGAAAGAGAGAAAGAGUGAAAGAUGGAGGGGAGGAGAGAUGGAAGGAUGGAGGGAUGAUGGGAAGGAGAGAAAAGAGAGAGAAGGAGAGACGGAGGAAGGGGAGGAGAAGAGAGAGCAGGAGAGACGGAGGAAGGGGAGGAGAAGAGAGAGAAGGAGAGACGGAGGAGAAGAGAGAGAAGGAGAGACGGAGGAGAAGAAAGAGAAGGAGAGACGGAGGAAGGGGAGGAGAAGAGAGAGAAGGAGAGACGGAGGAAGGGGAGGAAAGAGAGAGAAGGAGAGACGGAGGAGAAGAGAGAGAAGGAGAGACGGAGGAGAAGAGAGAGAAGGAGAGACGGAGGAGAAGAGAGAGAAGGAGAGACGGAGGAGAAGAGAGAGAAGGAGAGACGGAGGAAGGGGAGGAGAAGAGAGAAGGAGAGACGGAGGAAGGGGAGGAAAGAGAGAGAAGGAGAGAUGGAGGAAGGGGAGGAGAAGAGAGAGAAGGAGAGACGGAGGAAGGGGAGGAGAAGAGAAGGGGAUGAUAUGAUAGAGAGGGACCAGUAGGGUCCUCAGGGUGGGUCUUCAGGACCAGAGGCUCUGGUAGAGGAGUGAUUCAUUCAACGCUUCCCAUCUGCCCACACUCAUCCCUAAGGGGGGGUGUAACUUUGUCUUUUACUGUAAUAGAAAGACGGCUUUAUAUAUUUCCCUCUAUAGCUUUUAUAUGUGGAUGUUUGCUUUAUCUUUUAUGUUUCUGUAAAACACUAUUUUUAUAAGAUAUCUGUCAGUAUGACUGCACAGUGUUCCUUGUGUUUAUUAUGUACUGGGCCGCAUUGAUAUAUAGUAGGGCAUAGAUAGAGUGGAUAGCGGGCCCCAUAUCUUUUCAAAUUCUAUCCCCUUUCCCCUAGCUCACAGAUCUGAAAGAACUAGAUGAAUGCAAAUUAUGUCAAUAGGCCUCCAAUAGCCAGGUUACUUGGAGGAACCAAAAUGGAACAGGGCCAUAGAGUCACACUGUGCUUUACCCUUCCUAACUGGAAUAAAUGUUGUUGUCUUUUCCAGGGCGGACGACAUCCAGCUCUGCAAAGACAUCAUGAGUCUGAAACAGGAGCUGAGGAAGGUGGUAACUGUACCAGGUAACUAACAGCAACAAAUACAUUCAUCACAAUCACAACAGUUCCACUGUCCACCGCUUUCCUAUCCAGUAACAGGCAGAAAAAUUGACCAAAUAUCAGAGGUAUAUAUUUAAGCAAUAAGGCCCGAGGAGGUGUGGUAUAUGGCCAAUAUACCACGGCUAAGGGCUGUUCUUAUGUGCGACGCAACACGGAGUGCCUGGAUACAGCCCUUAGCCGUGGUAUAUUGGCCAUAUACCACAAACCCCCAAGGUGCCUUAUUGCUAUUAUAAACUGGUUACGGCUGUCAGCCAAUCAGCAUUCAGGGCUCGAACCACCCAGUUUAUAUUACCAUAUAUCCAUGUAACUAACGGCAACACAGACAUCACCUCCACUGGCUGCACUCUCCUGUCAUAUCAUAGCUGGCAACAGAGAGACAAAUGUAUCAUAUAACUAGAGCCAACACAGACAUCACAAGAAAUCCCCUUCACCGCCCUCCCCUGCAACAUAACAGAGAGAAAUGAGCCGUACUGUCUAUCCCUCUAGGAAAUAGAACAAGCAUAUCAGGAUUUAUCCUCAAUGUACCCUUAGCCAAAUUGCUUAUGCAUGCUGUAGAGCACGUGUCAAACUCAUUCCACGGAGGGCCGAGUGUCUGCAGGUUUUCGCUCCUCCCUUGGACUUGAUUGAUGAAUUAAGGUCACUAAUUAGUAAGGAACUCCCCUCACAUAGUUGUCUCGGUCUUAAUUGAAAGGAAAAAAACAGCAGACACUAGGCCCUCCAUGGAAUGAGUUGGACACCCCUGCUGUAGUGAGUAUAGACCCAGAAAUAUGGUAGAGGAGAAAAACUGCUACCGUAUGCAGCUACCAGCUGCUACAUCCCACUUCCUGGUGAGGUGAUUUGUGGGUAGGUUCACUGCGGUAAAGUAGCUGCACAAUUGAUUGUAACUCUCAGGAACAUGGGAGAGUUAUGAGGUGGGGAGUUUCUUCCCCUCAGGUAGUGUAGAGUAGGCACACACACAGUCAUAAUGGCCACACACACACACACACAGCUAACCGUAAUGGCUAUAUGAGCCAAUGGUCCAUUUCCUGGGACUGUGGACAGAAAUUAUUUCAACGAAUACUACUUCAUUUAUUUGUCCCCCACAAACGAUGUUAAGUCUAUUUGUGGCAAAGGCUGACAGCAGAUUAUGGAGUCAAAUAGCCACUACAACUCUACAACGUCACAGUCUAGAGUUAGCUGUCUAGCCUGGUCCCAGACAGCACAAACAGAUCUGGUACCAGGCUAGUUUCUCCUUAUACUUGUGAUGACAGAGUGACUGGAUCUGUAUUAGUGAUAAUCUGGAAUGGCAACAAACAAGAACAAUGGAAUGAAUUGUUCAUUAGAGCAUACAUAAAGCCUACAUACUGUACAGAUGCCAUACUGCUUACAUAGAAGCUAAAUCCAGUACUUUAUGCAUGACAUUCAUUGACAUAUAGAAUGCCAUGCACACAAACAUUCCAAAUCAAAUCAAAUUCCUCACACCAUUAUGAGUCAUAAUAUACCAUGUAUGUAUGUUCAGGGAAUGGCUGUACGGAUCCAGUUCUAUCCUGGUGGGAGAGAAAGAGCAGAGACUGCACUCCUCUCCUGCCUGGUGCCUUAGCUUUCCCACCUUCUAUUACUACUGUCAACAACACUGCACACUGUUCUCCAUCCAUUGCCGUGUAUAUGUGUGUGUGUGUGUCUCAGUCUAUCAGAGUGUGAAGGUCAGGGGAAUAAAGCCGAAAUCCUUCAUGAAUAUACGACUGCUUAUGCAAAUGGCCCCGUUGGGCUCUGGUCAAAAGUAGUGCCCUAUGUAGGGAAUAGGAUAACAUUUGAGAUGCACCCUAUUAAUAUACGACUGCUUAUGCAAAUUCCCCCAUUCAGACAGGACAUUGUAUCACCGAACAGCAUUUGCAUAUUUUGUCUCCUGAUUAGUUCUCAUGAAUUAAACACGAGGAGGACUAUUUAAGAAUAUAAAGAUCUAGGACUCUAUUCAAUCCACAUCGCGGAAGUUCAGCGUUACAGCGUGAUUGAAAUUUAAAGACAAUGUCCCUCUUUAGCGGAGACUACAUUCACGGUAUCGCUGCAUAUGUCGGCUCAAUCGGACAUUACCUUUACAUUUCUAUCAAUUGAGCUUUACAGAUGGAAUAGACCCCCUACUGUUUGUGAUGUGAAUCACUAUUUGGUAGCAACUGCUGCCCUCCCAGGAAGUUUCAUCUUCCCCUGUAGCUCAGUAUCUAACAAAUGUUGUAUCAGUUGAGAAAUGUAUUUCAUAUAAGAUACAAAUAUAAUUUUUAGUUUGAUAUAAAACAUACAUCUUUAAAAUCGAACCCCCUCUCUACCUCCCUCCCUCUAUCCCCCUCCCUCUCUCUUUCCUCCAGAGAAAGAGAAGACCAAGAAACAGAGACAGAGGGAGGAGGAGUUGAUCCUGAAUAUCCAUAAACUGGUGCAGAAGAGGGAUUUCCUAGUGGACGAUGCAGAGGUGGAGAGAUUAAGGUAGAACUGUGGUCAGAGGGAGGUGGAGGGAGGGAGGUGGAGAGAUGAAGGUCUAACUGCCAGACAGUCUAAGGGAGGUGGAGAGGUUAACUGCCAGACAGUCUGAGGGAGGUGGAGAGAUGAAGAUCUAACUGCCAGACAGUCUGAGGGAGGUGGAGAGAUGAAGAUCUAACUGCCAGACAGUCUGAGGGAGGUGGAGAUAUUAAGGUUAACUGCCAGACAGUCUUAGGGAGGUGGAGAGAUGAAGGUCUAACUGCCAGACAGUCUUAGGGAGGUGGAGAGAUGAAGGUCUAACUGCCAGACAGUCUGAGGGAGGUGGAGAGAUGAAGGUCUAACUGCCAGACAGUCUGAGGGAGGUGGAGAGGUUAAGGUUAACUGCCAGACAGUCUGAGGGAGGUGGAGAGAUGAAGGUCUAACUGCCAGACAGUCUGAGGGAGGUGGAGAGAUGAAGGUCUAACUGCCAGACAGUCUUAGGGAGGUGGAGAGAUGAAGGUCUAACUGCCAGACAGUCUGAGGGAGGUGGAGAGAUGAAGGUCUAACUGCCAGACAGUCUGAGGGAGAGGGAGAGGUUAAGGUUAACUGCCAGACAGUCUGAGGGAGGUGGAGAGGUUAAGGUUAACUGCCAGACAGUCUGAGGGAGGGGGAGAGAUUAAGGUUAACUGCCAGACAGUCUGAGGGAGGGGGAGAGAUUAAGGUUAACUGCCAGACAGUCUGAGGGAGAUGACAAAUGACCACAGUUCAACUCCCUAUCAUCUCCACUUCCUCUUCUGCCUGGGCUGCCUCUUGGUCCCCCUUGGUCUCUCACUUACUCCCCAUCCUCUCUGCCUGCUAUCUUGGUCCUCCUGUCUUUGACAUGGAGAUUACUUACAGACAGCAGAUCUGGUAUGAGAUCACAGUGUGUCAUUCAGUGAAUGUAUGGAGUAUUUAGGAUAUUGAGAAUUAAAACUGCCACGGACAGAUUGCGAGACAUUCUUGGAAACAAAGUUAUGUGCAUGGAGAUUUUAUGUGCUCUAAAUAGUCAAUCACUUUAUGGAAUAGGUGUAUGGACACAGGGCUGGAAUGUGAGAACUGUUUAGGGGCAAUGGCUUUGGUAUGUAGGUACUGUAACUGAACGGUAUGGUGGUAUUCUACAGACUAUGUGACGUUUUGUCAUUGAGUUAGAGGUGACUGCGUCUGUAACCACUGACUCUAACCCCUAUCCUCUCUACAGGGAGCAGGAGGAGGACAAGGAGAUGGCUGAGUUCCUGAGACUGAAGCUGAUGCCUCUGGAGAAGCUGGCCAGAGAAGCUGCCCAAAGUGAGUAUUAGCCUUCAUACAAACCACACACUAGUACACAAUCAAUAGCUCAAGUUUGUUUAUGAGUCAUAUACCCAUGAUACACAGUGCAAUGAAAUGCUUACAGGUUCACCCUUUUGACAAUGCAACAACAUAAUCAUAGUCACAGAGCGAGUGGCCUUGAUGAAAACCCUCAAGUACAUAUUAAAACCAUACAUACAGUAAAGAUAUGUGGAUAAAAUAUAAAGCAGAUUAGUUCUGUCAUGUCCAGAGUCACAGACCAUGAGUGACCCUGACUGUCAUACAGUUUGAUACCAUGCACACUGGCUCUGUCACAUUAGUUCAAGACAAAGAUAAAUCGAGUGGCAAUAAGGGAUAACUGACAAGCCACAUAAUGGAGUUAGUGUGAUAACAGCUGAUUCAAAUCCUAUUAGAAUAUCGAUUAGAGAACUGACUCUUAGUUGUUAUGGUGUUGAUUUAGUCUAAUCAAGCGUGUACCAGGACUUCAUUCAAACAGAGGCAAAGAUGGGAACCUUAGCGAAAUGGUUGUGCCUUUUUCAUUUCCAUCUAAAACCACAGAGAACGUGUCCAAAUGUGCGCCCCUUUAUGAGGCUCUGCUGGGAGUGCAGAAAGUAGUGCACUAUGUUGAGAUUAGGGUGCCUAUGACAUCUCAGAUUUACCCAUGCCCUCUCUCUUACCCUAGAUCCCCAGAAGCCCAAGAGACAAGUCCCUGAUCCUCCGCCAGGCAAGCCAUCCAUUACCAAGUCCAUCACCAUCAUCAAGGACUGCUGCGGAGCCACCCAGUGUUGUAUCAUGUAACCAUGGUUACAGAGGAGUUGGAGUACACCCUCCCAGUCACACACCACCUUAGUAACAACAACACAGUCACGCUGUACAUCUGUCACCUGACCUGGUCACUUGGUGUCAUAUCACCUAUUGUUACAUCACUUCCUGUGACCCAGAGAACCCUGGUGCAAAAUGGACACCCAUAUAGAGAUGAUGGAUGGACAGGCAUGGCCACAUGUACAGUAAUAAAUGGAAUAACGGAAAUGAAAUAUGUUGCACUAUAUAAUGUUAAAAGGCAAUUGGAAAUUGAAUAUAUGGGACCUGUACGGUAUUGUAAGCAAGCAAGAUAAGCUACAUUGACAUUUAAAUACACCAAUUUAUAUUGAUUAAGGGACUCAUUACAUCCCUCUUGAAACGUUCUUCAGAGAUCAAUAAUGACAUAUUGUUAUGAUGAGUUUCUCUGGUGUCAAGUAAUUCAGGAUGCAAGAAUAUACUUAAACAAUUAUAUGGAGAGUUAAUACAAAGUAUUUAAUAGAUACUGUACCGGGUUCGUCUAACAAAAGGCACGUGCUUUGCCUCUUGUCAUCCCAACUACUAGACAAAAUAAAUCUCUCAGUUUAUGUACUUCAUGUUACACGUUUCUUCAACAACAUCUGUUAACCAUCAGUGGACACUCCCUUCUUUGAUGGUAUUACCUUGUACCCCAAGUCAGUAUAUUAUGUCUAUCAAUCAUUCUAAGAUAAACCACAGUAACCUCCCUCGACAUACUGGAAUCCAGACUCUGCGGCACCAAGAGUCACCUAUCUAAUAAAUGUAACCUUGUUCCCACAACACCAUGAAAAGACAUAACACAUAUAUUCCUCAGAUUUACAAGCACAACGUUCCGUAACGAACCAACAACGCAUCAUACCAGGGUUCUCUGUUCACCAGGAAAUGACAUCAUGACUUAAUUGUUAUUCACGUUGCCAUUUUGAUAACGGGUAUUUACUGUAUGCUUCCAUUCCAACCCUUUAACGGAACAACUAGAACACCUUUUCUCAGACUUAGGACUGUAUGCUUACCAGGGUGGGGUCAAUUCCAUUUCAAU